AUGCCGGGAUAUUCUGACAGAGAUCGUGGCAGAGACCGGGACAGAGGCUAUGGCGGCGGUCCUCCACGUUUUGGUGGAAGCCGUGGUGGCGGAGGAGGCGGCGGAAAGUAUGGAAACCCCGGUGAACGGCUGCGGAAGAAACACUGGAACCUCGACGAACUACCAAAAUUUGAGAAGAACUUCUAUCAACAGCACCCGGACGUCACCCGUAGAUCACCGCAAGAAGUUGAGCAGUACAGGAGAGCCAAAACCGUAACAGUAAAGGGGAGAGAAUGCCCAAACCCCAUCAUGAAGUUUCACGAGGCAAGCUUCCCCUCCUAUGUGAUGGAUGUGAUCAACAAACAAAACUGGACUGAACCAACACCCAUUCAAGCUCAGGGGUGGCCCCUAGCCCUGAGUGGCAAAGAUAUGGUCGGCAUUGCACAGACGGGUUCUGGCAAAACACUCUCUUAUUUAUUGCCGGCAAUCGUGCACAUCAACCACCAGCCAUUCCUGGAACGUGGAGAUGGACCCAUUUGCUUGGUGCUAGCCCCCACCCGUGAGCUGGCACAGCAGGUGCAGCAGGUGGCCGCAGAGUAUGGCAGAGCUUCUCGCCUCAAGUCUACCUGUAUCUAUGGAGGAGCACCUAAGGGACCCCAGAUCCGUGACCUGGAAAGAGGUGUGGAGAUCUGCAUUGCCACACCAGGCAGGCUCAUUGACUUCCUGGAAGCAGGAAAGACUAACCUUCGCCGGUGCACUUACCUUGUACUGGAUGAGGCUGACAGAAUGCUUGACAUGGGCUUUGAACCACAGAUCCGGAAAAUUGUUGACCAAAUCAGACCUGACCGGCAGACUCUGAUGUGGAGUGCCACUUGGCCUAAAGAGGUCCGCCAGCUGGCUGAGGACUUCCUGAAAGAAUAUGUCCAGAUCAAUGUUGGAGCACUGCAGCUGAGUGCCAACCACAACAUCCUGCAGAUAGUUGACGUCUGCAAUGACGGAGAGAAGGAAGACAAACUUAUCCGUCUGCUUGAGGAAAUUAUGAGUGAGAAGGAGAACAAGACCAUCAUCUUUGUAGAGACAAAGAGGCGGUGUGAUGACCUUACCAGGCGGAUGAGGAGGGAUGGAUGGCCAGCAAUGGGUAUCCAUGGUGAUAAAAGUCAGCAAGAAAGAGACUGGGUUCUAAAUGAAUUCAAGUAUGGAAAGGCUCCAAUCCUCAUCGCUACUGACGUUGCCUCCAGGGGUCUAGAUGUUGAGGACGUGAAAUUUGUCAUCAACUUUGACUACCCCAACAACUCUGAGGACUAUAUCCACCGCAUUGGCAGAACGGCGCGUAGCCAAAAGACGGGCACAGCCUAUACCUUCUUCACCCCAAACAACAUGAGGCAGGCCGGCGACCUUGUCUCUGUGCUCCGUGAGGCCAACCAGGCCAUCAACCCCAAGCUCCUCCAGAUGGCGGAAGACAGAGGAGGUCGUUCAAGGGGAGGCAGAGGUGGCGGGUAUAGAGAUGACCACCGGGACAGGUAUUCCAGUGGCAGGCGUGAUUAUGGCAAUUAUAGGGACAGGGAUAAUAGUAGAGGUUUUGACAAUGGACCAAAGAAAGUCUUUGGCACAAAUACACAGAAUGGAGGCUUUGGGGGCGGUGGCAACAGCGGUGCCUUCAACGGAGGUGGCUACAAUAGCAAUGGACAGUCCAACUUUAACAACCAGACAGGGUCGUUUGGCGGAGGCCAGAACAACUUCCAGGCCCAGCAGUUUGGCCCUGGAAAGACUGGGGCUCAGAACGGUGCAGGCCACCCACCCUUCCCCUUCCCUCAGGGACAGGCUCCACAGCAGCACCCUCCGCCGCUGGUGCCCUACCCCAUGCCACCUCAGUUCCCUCAGUAAACACGCACAUUAAAGUAAAAGUAAUUUAUUGCUUUUGUUUUUUUUCUUUUGGUCUUGUUUUAAGUUCUAUACUCAAUCCAGAAUUGUACUGAUUUUUUUUUUUUAAAUGUACUGUAUAUUUACACAACGGGGUUACAAACAACUUCAGCCUCUACUUAAGUCCUUUGAGUAUGUAGGUCUGCAGUGCAGCAAUAGUGUUGGUGCACUUUUGUUUUUUCCUAUUACUAUUAAUUUGUUACAUUCCUCAGUAAUGUUUAGUUGUUUUGUACUAGGUAAUUCCAAACAUAUUGGUUUUUCACGUGUAUCAUUGAAAGUGAAGUUAAGAUCCUAACAGGGAAGUGCACUGCAUGACCUUUCAAAUAAAAUUCUUUACAAAAAGA